AUGUGUGAUUCCUAAUGGGGAUAGUUGAACGGGUAAUUUAUUAUUGUUGUUCGAAAUCAACAACAUGUAGAGGCCUUGAUGAAAAGUGAAUCGCAAUUGCUCAUAAGUCUAAUCAAAAAUGUACAAUAUUUACUCUUUACUUUUAGCAUAUCCCCGUUGUGUUUAAAGAGGAUGUGCAUAUGUUUGAGCAUGCACUUGAAAUAAUAUUGGAUUACUUCAAUCAACCAAUAGAAAUCAUCGAAACUAAUAUUUUAAGUUUUUAAACAUUAAUCUAGAAAUCCAUUUAUCUGAGACCUAUUCCAAAAUUAAGGUAGCUUAGAAAAAACAGAAAAACAAGUUCAACUGAGAGGGUCAAGAAACCCAAUGGAUAUGAUAGAAUGUUUGCUAUAAUGAAUAUAGAAAAGAAACUGGAAUAGGUUAAAAAGGAUGAAAUCUACGUUUUUAAGGAUUUGUCCAAAUGUGUUGAUCCUUGGGUAAUAAAGGGAUUCAAUAAUGACUACGAAUUUGGAGUGUUUAUUGUGAUAUAUGAAAAAUUGGGAUUGAGCCACAUUGAAAUAUUGAAUGAGGUAGUUAAAUUGUACAUUUAAGAGAGGAACUCAAAAACAUUGUCAUAUUUAAGUUUAUGGUUGGAUUAUCGAUAAGUAGAUUUGAUUAAUGAUAAUAGUGCGUUCUGCACAAUAUUUUAGUAAUUUUUGAAUCUUGUUGAACUAAUUGCUACUGCUAAAUAACAAUUGCAGGAUGAAUUACAAAUGAAGAUAACAAAUAUUUUAAAUGGAAAAAAGAACAUUCUAACUACAACUUUGAAUACACCUUCCCCAACUCUGCUAUAAAGGAAAUAGAGUCUUGACCAUCCGUAAAAGAGCAAAAGGUUCAGAAAUUUAUCAAUGCAAAUAUCAAAUUAAUCAAUAAUUUAGAAUAUAUCCUCGGAGUUCGAUGGGAAUCAAUUCUAUCUAAAUUGCAAUAUUGAAAUUCUCUAAAAAUAAUUUUGGAUUAUCGAUAUUGAACAAUUCUCUAAGAUAAGUAUCACAGCUAUGCUUAACUAAAAUCAUUUAAUCAAGUAUUGUCAGUAAUAAUUUACAGGAAUCAUGAAAUUAGCGAUUAUUUUGAUUAUCUUUUAUUCCAUAUGAUUUUUAGUACAAUCAUUAGUACAAAAGACGAGAAAUUUACACUCAUAACAAAGUUUAUCACCUUGUAUCAACUAUCAAAAGAGGCAAAACAUUACC